AUGGAAAUUAUUGAACAUCUUCAAUCGCUAGAAAACGAAAUGCAACGAUAUUUUCCUGAACUUUCCGAAAAAGAAGCUGCGCUGGUGAGAAACCCGUUCCACGUGUCAGUGGAUAUUGCCGAUGUUCCGGAAGAAAUUCAGGAUGAAUUUAUUGAGAUGCGAAAUGAUUCCUCAGCUCGUGAUUUAUUUCAGGAACAAACCUUGACGGAAUUUUGGUGUUCCAUGCGUCGUUCGUAUGCCACUGUUGCGACACAUUCUUUCCGGGUAUUAGUACCAUUUGUUUCGACCUAUCUUUGUGAAUCUGGAGUUUCAACUCUUCUCCAAAUAAAAACAAAGGCAAGAAAUAGACUGGAAGUUCAAGACGACAUGAGACUGGCAUUAAGUCAAACGCAACCUAGAAUUUUGAAACUGGUUUCUCAGAUGCAAGCGCAGUCAUCCCAUUAA